CUCUGGGAUGUGUUGUGUAAAUUUCCCUUGAGGAUCAGGACUGAGAGAUUGGAGAGAGAGUGGCCCUUCUGUGAGAAAUGUGCCCCCACCAGUAACUGGGUGUUUCUGUCUUUGAUGGAUUUCCGGUGUGCGUUCAUUCUGGUGUGCAGUUGUUGUCUGGUCUCUCCUACAUAUUUUCCAUCAGGACAUUUGGUGCAUUGGAUGAGGUAUACUACAUUCCUGGAGGUGCAGCGGAUAUAAACUUCUGACCUGAUCCACUGAUAUUAAAAAUGGCCAAUUCACAUGCUGUCACAAUUCAGCCCCAAUUCACUGUUGUUACUAGUACAUCAAGAAGUAACUGGCAGACAGGGCUACUGGACUGCUGCAGUGACUGCAGUGUGUGUCUGUGUGGAGCAUUCUGUUUUCUUUGUCUCCAGUGUCAAGUUGCAAGUGACAUGGAUGAAUGCUGCCUCUGCGGCUCAAGUGUGGCUAUGAGGACACUCUACCGGACAAAAUACAAUAUCCCAGGAUCCAUCCUUUGUGAUUUCUUCUCUUCCCUCUGUUGUCCUAUGUGUUCUGUUUGUCAGUUAAAGAGAGACAUUAUCAGAAGGAAGGAACAGGGAAUCUUCUAACAAGGUUUUCUUCCGCUUGUUUCUGCAUAUUCAGUGUUUUAUAUGCAAGAAUACAAAGAUCUACAGGAGAUGCAAGCAAGCAAGGCAGCACUUUUGGCUUAUUUGCUAUGAAUUACCAGGGAAAAAAUAAAAGGUUUUUCACCUCA